CUAGAUGACGUGGCGAUGAUACUCUCUGCAGUGGAUAUCCUCAGAAGGCUAGAUGAGGUGGCUAUGAGAAGUUCUACAGUGGAUGUCCUCAGAAGGUUUUCAUUCCCCACGCCUAUCUUGGCUCACUCCCCACGCCCCUCCCCAGAACUGUUUCCUUCACUAUAUAUUCAUGGUCGCAUCGUUGUCGGACUUGUCUGGAGUGCGGAGGCGGACGGAAUAAGGGGAAAAGGUCAAAAAAUGCAGCACUUAACUUUAUUCACUUUGGCGCUCACCUUGAUUGCAACGAUUUGUUUGGCAAAGUCACCCUAUCAGUCAGUUCUUCAGCACAGCAGGAUAAGAGGCCGGCAGCAUGGACCCAACGUGUGCGCGAUGCAAAAGAUACAAGGGACUGACAAGAAAUACUUCACCAACUGCAAGCAAUGGUACCAUCGCAAGAUCUGCGGCAAGCAGACGGUGAUCAGCUAUGAGUGUUGCCCCGGUUACGAGAAGCUUCCAGGAGAGAAGGGUUGUCCUGCUGCCCUGCCGUUGGUGAACAUCUACAACACGCUGGGUGUGGUUGGAGCCGCCACCACUAAGAUGUACUCAGAGAGGGCUCAGCUGAGGGAGGAGAUCGAGGGGCCUGGGAGCUUCACCUUUUUCGCUCCCAGCAACCAGGCCUGGGCGGCCCUACCCAAUUGUAACAGUGAACUGUGCUCGUCUGGUGAAAACAGACCAGCAUGCGACCAACGGGAUCGUGCACGUUGUGGACAGAGUCAUCACCGCGGUUACCAACAACGUGCACACUUUCAUCGACACCGAUGAUGAUCUGGAGACUCUUCGUACUGCUGUUGCUGCUGCUGGUCUGACCCAAAUGCUGGAGAGCGAUGGUCACUACACGGUGUUCGCUCCAACCAACGAAGCCUUUGAGAAGAUCCCCACUGAAAUGCUCAACAGGAUCCUGGGAGACCCCGUGGCUCUGAGAGACCUGCUGAACUACCACAUCCUGAAGAGCAUGCAGUGUGCAGAGUCCAUCACAUCUGGCAGUCCUCUGGAGACCCUACAGGGGACUGUUCUGGAGGUGGGCUGUGAUGGGACUGACAUGACCCUCAACGGGAAGGCCAUCGUCCAGAUGAAAGACCAGCUGGGGACCAACGGAGUCGUCCAUUACAUCAACGAGCUCCUCAUCCCAGACUCAGCUGGCCCAGGGAUCCGUCGUUACCACAGCGACCAAGCUGUUUGUUGAUGCUGAUCUUGGCUCCCACCUUUCUGGCUCAGAGGCUCUGACCAUCCUGACCCCUCAGAAUGAAGCUUUCAAAGAGGGUGUGACGAUGACUGGUGAGCUGAAGAAGCUGUUGAAGAACCACAUCCUGAAGGAGCAACUCUCUUCCAGUUUACUGUACCACAGACAAGAGCUGGAGACUCUGGGAGGAAUCAAACUGAGAGUGUUGGUCUACCGUAACAGCCUGUGCAUAGAGAACUCCUGUAUCGCUGCCCACGACAAGACUGGACGUUUUGGCAGCAUGUUCACAGUCGACAAGGUCCUGACUCCCCCAAUGGGCACCAUCAUGGAUGUCCUGAAGGCUGAUGACCGAUUCAGUCUGUUGGUCGGUGCCAUCCAGACGGCUGGCAUGACAGAGCUGAUGAACCAGGCCGGUCCUCAUACCGUGUUCGCUCUCACCAACGAUGCUUUCAGCGCCUUGCCAAAGGCUGACCUCAACAAACUCAUGGAGGAACCAGACCGUGUACAUCAACAAGGUCCCAGUGGUUGAAGCCGACUUGAUGGCCACCAAUGGAGUUGUCCACGCUGUGGGAGCCAUCAUAAAGCCACUGUCUCCUAAGGUUGACAGGGAACAGGCUGAUGACCCCAUCAGGACUGCCUCUUCCAUGAGAAAAGACUCAAGAAUCGGAGUGAAAAACGAUGAUCUCUUCCAGAAGGUCAGGAAAAGUAUCUCCAGCAGAACGAUGACUCGCAUCCAGUAAAUUAAGAGAAAAACAUCAACAUCAACACAAAUCAGUGGAUUGUUCCUUUUGUUUAUGGAAUAUAUUCUUAUCUGAAAAAAAUWAAAAUAAUAGGAAGUCUAAUGGAUCUAAUUUUGUCAAAGAUGGUAAAUAUUAACCGAUCUCUAGAUGAAGACAGAGAUGGGGUAUGUUUUAGUGGAAUAUCUUGUAUAAUUGCUUUCAUAUACCAAAGACCGAAGAUUUMAAUUACUUGUCUAUUGUCUUUUAUGUGAAAAAUGGACAACCAAAGCACAGCAACUAGCUAUGACUACAUAUAGUGUAGUUUCAUCAAAGUCUUUUGAAUGUUCACAUGUGACUUCUGUUUUUAAAUGUAAACGCAGAGUGGAUUUUCAUGAUAAAUAUAUACUGUAUUUUGUUUUGAUAUGAUAGAUGUAGCAUGUUUGCAUGUUUAGGCUGGAACGGAAAAGCUAUUCGGGCGUACGCAAAUAAGUUCUGAUUCUCUUCGAUUUUUUUUCAUUAAACCUGUUGAAAACAAUAAUGAACCCUUAGUUAUGUCACAUGCUUUCCAUUUGUAACACACUGUAGCAAUAUAUUUAUGUGUGGAAACCAAAGAGUAAUGUCUGCACAUCCCUCCCCC